UCUGACCCUGACUGAUCUUAGAAACAAUGUAAACAAACAUGGCGGCUCCCAGUGGUUUAUUGAAUGGAUGAGGUGACAAAUCUAAUCACUGCCUGGUGAAGACAAGGAGACUUCCAGCAAGCCUACACGGCCAGACAUCUAGACGAGCGGGAUAGAGAGAAUGGUGUUAUUUCAGAAUAUCAACGUGGGACAGAGGGUGGAGGUCAAGAUCAACAACCUGAUAUUCCGGGGGGUGGUCAAGUACAAGGGCUCCGUGGUCAACAAGCAGGGAGACUGGGUGGGCGUGGCCCUGGACAGAGCAGUUGGUGAGAACGAUGGGAUGGUCCUCGGGAGGAGGUACUUUCAGUGUCCUCUGUACCACGGCGUGUUUGUCAGGGCUAACAACGUCCGGUUCAUCCCCUUAAUUAGAUGUUUAUACAAUAAGUAUCGUAAGGUAUCGGACAGAUCUUAUGUAGAGGAGCCACUGUUCAGCACAAGUGUGGCCACUCCCGACCCCUCGGUCGUGACCAGUCAGUACCAGGAUCAGGCAAGGGGAGGGUUCGCCUUUGACGAUUCCCUGUUCAGCGCCAAACGUUUCCCCCUGCGGCACUCUGUCGGCAACCACAUCCCGGCCGCCACCAUGCGGCGCGCCAAGACAGCAAUGGCGUCUUUCCGGUAUUUGACGAGCCCGAUCCACAGCGAGUACGAUGUGGAGGAGGAGUUUAUCUCGUCCCCCGCCGUCCCCAAGACCCACAUGCCUUACUCAGCCCUCCGGCGGCAGGUCAGGCGGGGGUGGGAGGGCACACAUUACGUCAGAGAGAUGAGCGUCGGAACAGGAAGAGACUCCAUUAAAUUCUCCACGUGGAACGAUAUCUCGCCCUGAUUCCCCGACGGUUCCCAAUUUUACAAAGUGAUGUUUUUUAAAAAAUUCUUUAAAUAUUUAUUUAAUUUUUUUUUAAACUGGUGUCUUGCACUCAGUUUUUUAUGGCUAGAUUAGUGUUAGUAAUUUUAUUUACACAGUUUAAUCAUGCAUCGAAACCGACGAUAUUUUCCCAGUAAAUGUAUAUGAAAUGUUACUUGGUCUAGUCGAAAAAGUAUAUUGCGCAACUGUGAUAUAUUCUAAAUAUACGUGUAUUUAAUGGUUGGUGUUAAGCAUUUUUUAUUAGUUAAAUUGCCCGACUUUUUUCAUACACAAUCAUGGAAAUUUGUACAAAAGUAUUUCAUGACGAAAGCUUAUAUUCAUACAUUCAGGUCGGAGUAAAUCAGUACAUAUAUUUUCUUGACAUCGCAUGACAUUGAACAAUAUAUACGUAAUCACAAUCAAAUGUUUUAAAAUACUGCUCUAUAUUUCAGUCCACUUUUGAACGGAUUAGAAAUAAUGAUGACCCCAAUUUGAUUUUGUGUCUGUUGUAAACUCACUGCUGACAUCGAUACAUUGUUUCAUUAAUAGCCAUAUUUCAGCUCACGAUAUAUAUAAACUUACACUGUAUAAUAAACAUACACGGUUACAGUAUGUAAGUAUACAUGUAUAUCUAUAUACUAGUCUGUGAAGAUACUACACGUGCUUUAUGUUAAGAAUGCAUAUGUUUAGCAUACUAGUAUACAGAUGACAGAUGUACAAUUUGAAGACAUAUAUAAAUCCAUUGUGAUUAGAAUAAGAUUCUUCACUUAAUAUGUAGACAGUGCUUGAAAUAUGCAGUUUUUUGAUUAUGCAUACGUAAAGCAGAUUUUUUUUUUAUUUUCCACUGAGCAAAUAAAGAAAACAGAGAUAAAAAAGGC